UGGAUUGUCUAAUUACUGGUUUAAUAUGUCAAGCUGCUGGCCAAAUUAAAAUCAUUAAAAGUACAAUGAAGAAUAUAAUUAGGCACGCUGAAGAAUCGAUAGACAGUCAAAAAAAGAAUUUAUCCCCUGAAGAUUGUGAGAAGUUGAAAAAUAAUUACAUUUACAAGGAUAUAUGUUUGUGCGUUGACAGAUACAACUUAGUAAAAGAAUUUGUGAACGACAUUGAAGACACAUUUUCUAUACCAUUAUUUUGGCAGUUUGGGGCAAGUGUUUUUGUUAUCUGCUUAGGAUAUUUACAAUUUUUCUUUGUUGAAUUGUGGAGUUUUAAUUUUUUUACAAUAGUAUCCUUCGUAGUGACAAUGAGCUGGGAAGUAUUUCUAUAUUGUUAUUUUGGAUCUAUUCUUUAUAACGAGAGUGCUUCAUUAAUAACGGACAUAUACGUCACAGACUGGUUGAACUUGGAUAUUAAAUGUCAAAAAGCUCUUGUAACCAUAAUGGAGAAUGGAAAAAGGCCACUAAUUAUAAGAGCUGGAAAAAUUAUAGACAUAUCAUUAGACACAUUCGCUACAAUCUUAAAAAGAGCAUAUUCUGUGAUGGCUGUGGUUAAUAAAUUCAUUGAAAAUUGAACGAUAUUAGCAAACCAAAUACGACUAACCCGUAAUGACAAAUGACUGAGAUUUUAAAUAAAUUUGAACACUAAAGAUGCAAAAUCAUUUUUACACCCUUUUAAUUUUAAGAAAAAUCUAGCUUACUG